AUGGAGGCCCAUAAUGUUUGUUCGAGCGCCAUUGUUGCUCAAGUUCUUACUGGAGAAGAUAAUUAUGAAAACUGGAGAGCUUGCAUAAAAAACUAUUUGUGGGUUAGAGAUCUGUGGGACGUUGUGGAACAAACCUCAGAACCUUCUCAGCAGGAAGAUGAGGCUGAAUUCAUGGCUUGGAGUAAGAGGAAUGUGUCUGCUUUGCAUGCUAUUCAAAUUUCAUGUGAUCCGAUCAUGCUUUCUCAUAUUAGAAACAUGACUUCGGCUAAAGAUGCUUGGAACACUUUAGCCCAAGUGUGCCAAUUGCCUAUGCCCCAAGAUGCACCGCAGAUAACCGAAGAUGCACCGCAGAUAACCGAAGAUGCACCACAGAUUAUCGAAGACGCACCACAGAUUGUCGAAGAUGCACCACAGAUAACUGAAGAUGCACCACAGAUUGUCGAAGAUGCACCACAGAUAACCGAAGAUGCGCCACAGAUAACCGAAGAUGCGCCACAGAUAACUGAAGAUGCGCCACAGAUAACUGAAGAUGCACCACAGAUAACCGAAGAUGCGCCACAGAUAACCGAAGAUGCACCACAGAUAACAGAAGAUGCAGCACAGAUACCAGCAGUUGGAGAUGUUGAACGCACUCGUAUUUUGGCCUUCCUCGAGGCUGUUAAGAGAUGUGAUUUGGAAGCCACAAAGAAUCUAUUGAAUGCCCACCCGCAUUUUGCCAAUACUGAAAUUCCAGGCUCCGGUCAGACCACCCUUCACUUCGCAAUCUUCGAAGGUCAAUUGGAAAUGAUUAACGGAUUGCUAAACACAAUGUCAAAUCAAUACCUGAAAAAGCGAGAUUUCUAUGGUCGCACAGCUCUUCACUAUGUUGCCAUGUCAUCUGAAAACGCCAAGGUUGCCCAAAGCUUGAUCAGAAAGGAGAAGCAAUUACUCACUACUCCGGAUAACGGUGGAGAAAUUCCACUUAAUUAUGCUUGUUGGAUAGGCCAUAAAGAUAUGACUCACUAUCUAUACAACAUGACUCCUCGAGAAUUUCUACUCUCACAAGGAAAUGAAUGUUAUUCAGCGGGGCUGGUCGUUGAAUGUAUUCGUUACAAAUGGUUUGAUGUUGUCUGGCAUCUGCUCCGUGAUCAUCCAAACUUAGCAUUUGCUGAAACCAAAAAUGGAUUGAAUGCUGUUUCAAUAUUAUCCUCUCAACCUUCUGCAUUCCCUAGUGGCAAUCGGCUCUCAUUUUGGCAACGCUGGAUCUAUUCUUGUCAGUAUCACUUCUCUCUUCUUCUAUUACAUUAG